UAGCUUUGUUUGUAAGUUGUAUUCAGAGAAACCGUUAGGUCGAGAUGCGGUGGCUCUUAUGAUUGUUAUUGUUGUGAAAAUGACUUAGAUUUAGCUAAUUUCAACUGAAAAUGGAUUAUAAUUUUGGAGUAUUUGUCUUGUGGAUGCUGUUGAUUCAAAGUGUGAGCCUUAGAGCCAGGCGAAUAGAGAGAAAUGUAGAGAAUGUGAUGUUAAGAGAGGACUUCAAUAAAAAUUUAUUAAAGAAUAUACCUCGUCCGUAUCAAACAGUUAUACCAGAACAGAUACGACGAAAUAAACUUACAUCUAUAUCUACACAAGAACAUCGAAUACGACAUCAUGGAACUCAUGAACAUUAUGAACAUGUUACAAUACAAAUAAAACUUGAUGGUAGAAAAUAUAAGAUUAAACUAGAAAGAAAUAAAGAUCUGUUAUCAUCAGGGAUUAUGAUCAAACAUUAUAUGGCACCACAACAACAAGUUAUAUCAAAGACUGUUGAACAUUGUUUUUAUCAUGGUUAUGUUAAGAGAGAUGAAUGGUCCAGUGUUGCUGUUAGUACUUGUAAUGGUAUCAGAGGAGUUAUACAAAUGCACAACGAAUCAUUUAUCAUACAACCUUUAGCUGGUGAUGAAGGGAUGCAGCAUCCACAUGUUGUUUAUAGAGCUACUGUUUCUCCUGAAGAAAGAUGUGGAAACAGUGUUGGUCAAUGGCUGCCAUUCCACGAACUUCAUGUUGGAGAAUUUAUCAAAAAAUUAAAACGUUUUAGAGCAGAAAGUUUACAGGGAGAAAUAAAAGAACGUACAGAACCACAGAUUAUUAAAUUAGCUCUUGUCUUAGAUAAAGCUGUGUAUCUUGGGUUGAAUUUUUCCCAUGUAGAAAUGACAAGAUAUGCUAUAGAAAUAGUCAAUAUAGUUGAUUUGUAUUAUAAAGACUUGAAUAUCCAAUUUUCAUUAACCUUUUUGGAAUAUUGGAAUGUAGCUGAUCAAUUUAUUGUUAGUCCCAAGUUACGAGAACUUUUGGAAAAAUUCCUCAUCUUUAAAAACAAAGCAUUACAGGGUAUAGAUUUUGACAUGGCGUAUUUCAUAACUGGAACCGAGUUAGAAGAUAAGUCUAUAGGAUUAGCUAUACCAGAUUCAUUGUGUACAGAUAGAGCUGUAGGUGUUUGUCAGAGUCCCAAACCAUUUCAACCUCAACAGACGGCUACAAUUUUAGCACAUAUGAUUGGUCAUAAUCUGGGAAUUAAACAUGAUGAAGAUACUCACUGGAGAAGAUUAUAUCAUGAAGGUGGGUGUGAAUGUAAUGAUGAUUUUGGUUGUAUUAUGUCUGAACAAGUCUUAGGAGCUGGUGGAUAUCAUUCUAGACAGUUUUCAAGUUGUAGUAAAUCUGAUCUCAAUAAUACAUUAAAUAUGAACAUUACAUCAUGUUUAACACAAUCUAGACAACAAGUACAGAUUAACUUUCCCCAGUCAUGUGGUAAUAAAAUAGUAGAAAGAGGAGAAGAAUGUGAUUGUGGAUCGGAUGAGGAUUGUUUAAAGACUGAUCCUUGUUGUGAUCCUGAUACAUGUUUAUUACGAUUCUGGGCUCAGUGCAGAUCAGGACAGUGUUGUCAAAACUGUACAGUUUUACCACGUAACACCAUGUGUAGAGAUAAACAAACAGAUUGUGAUGUACCAGAAGUCUGUGAUGGAUUACGUGGAGAGUGUCCUAGUAAUAAUUAUUUACAAGAUGGUCAUCCAUGUAGGAAUAAUACAGGUUAUUGUUUAGGUGGUAUCUGUCCAUCAUCACAAGAACAAUGUCAACAUAUUUGGGGACCAGAAUCUCGAGGAGGUGAUGAUCAGUGUUUUGAAAGAUUUAAUCCUACUGGUAAUUUUAAUGGACAUUGUGGUAAAGACGAAGCUACAGGAACAUAUGCUAAAUGUUCAGCAGAGGAUAUGUUAUGUGGAUUAUUACAUUGUGAAUUUGGUAAUAAAGAACCAUUGAAUGGACCUGAUAAAGGUUUCUCUAAAACAACUGUUUAUUCCAAUGAUCAAGAGUAUGAAUGCAAGAGUGUACAUGGUCCGACUAUGAUGGACAUGCCUAAUAUGGGUCUGGUACAGGAUGGUACUAAAUGUGGUAAUAAUAAGAUCUGUGUAUCUGUACGAUGUGUUUCAACUGAUAAAUUUCCUCCACUCAGUUGUCCUAAUACAAAUCAAACUGUUAUAUGUUCAGGCAAUGGGCUAUGUACCAAAGAUAAUACAUGUUUCUGCCAUGAUGGUUGGUCUGGUCCAGAUUGUACUAUCAAAGUUAACAUAACUACCAAAGUUCACUUGACAACGACACCCGUUUCUAUAGUAACAUCUACAACAAAAACUGUAUUUGUUAUACCACCUGUACAAACUGAAAUUGACGAUAAUAAUAACGAGAAAAAAGAUCCAACUGAAAAACCUGUUUUAGCUGAAAUGCAAGGUUUAAGUACAAUGUGGUUGAUAAUUAUAUUAGCCUCUGUUAUAGGAGGUCUCAUUAUUAUAAUGAGCUGUACUUUAUUCUGUUAUAGGUAA